CAGCAAGCCAUUGCCAAACUUUGCGCCUCCAUUUACGCCUUCUAGCCAACAUGUGUACAUUUACCCGAACAGCAUUCAGGAUGUGCGGGCACACAGAGUACCGACGGGCUCAUUGCAAUUCACCCAUCAACAACAGACAUGAGCUUUGCAAGAAGACCCCGAUUCAUCUUCAGAGUUCAAAGAAUGGAAUCUGCACACAAUGCAGGACGAGGGAUUGGGAGGCGAGCAUGGCUAAAACUAGCAAAGUACCGGAUGCAGAGCAGCAACAUGGCAACAAGGCCACACACCCUGGCCUAGCUGUCGGCUCCAGAGGCGAGGUGUCCCUUCAUGUUAGCACAUCUACAACCCAAAACGAUAACUUCCAAGCUAAUACAAAGAAGCAGAACAAUGCAACAAAGUCAAACAGCGUUGGCACUGAACUCAAGGGUCGAGCCAGGCCCUUGCGUCAGUCGACCGAGCAUAUCACUCCGCCUCCUAAGAAGUCCGCCCCAAAACGCCAGGAGCCAAAGAUCAUCAGAGAUAAGAGAACAAUCAUCGCAGAUUAUGAGUGCAAAACAAGCGAACGAAGGGAGGCAUUGCAUGGCCCGAGGGCCCUACCGGGAGCGCAUUCAACCAUGAAAGAGAGCCCGAACCUCAUCGAUGUCACCAAGCCUAUGCACAAAGACGACGAAGAAAGAGUGGCCUUGCAUGGACCGAGAGACAUGCCGACAACACAUCACAUCAUCCGAGAGAAUUGGAAGCUCAUGACUGUCGCCAACCCUGUGCGUAGAGGUGACAGAGGAAGGUUACGCCGACGUGGACUUCGUCCCUUUCCAAACCCGAACUCCUUCCCGACAGCAAACCCAGCUGUCAAUAGUCUUGAUGCUCGCGGACAAACAGCCUGCGCACCUCUUGUCCUCCAGGAAGUCAAUAAACCCACAAACCGAAAGGUCCGAGAAGCAGCUGGAGAGCAGUUCCUCCACCGGCUCCAAGAUGCGAUACCUCCUCUACCAAUGUCCUAUAAGCCGAUCCUCACCGGCCGACACCCGCUGCACCGCCCGUUGCCGCCAAUCCCAGACGAAAACUUCUGGAUCACUAUUGAACGGUACUCACCGGCUCCAGACGCUCCAGUAGGUACCUACUUCGGCCGAGAAACUGUGUACUACGGCUGGCAACCUGCGAGAUGUGAUACUGUUUGCAGCUCGUUCACAGAGUAAUCAGGCAUACGAGAACUCCUCCAUACCUGGUGUCCUGCUUAGCUGUCAGUCAGUGUUCUGAGCGUUGGCGCAUGUCGUGAGGGGAAUGGAGGCGUGAGUGGGAGUAUGACAGCGACUCGACGGGGCUUGUGAAUACCUAGCGACCACAGUGAGUGCGACAGGGACAUGGAAUCAUCACAAAGCUUGGGUGGAAGGAGCAGAUAAAAAGAAGUGCCAGAUACUGAAACGGAAAGGGCGGGGGAUGGAGGUUCAGUGUCGAAUUCGAGAGAUGGAAAGCAUCAUGUACGCGAUGACUGGCAUCUGCAAGGCACGAGGGAAGAAGGAGCUUGGUGACGUUUGCACUACAAUUCAAG